CUGAAAACUCAGUUCCAGUCUCAAGCUGCGCAUGAUAUAGCUGUAGGAUAUCAGCACGCUCACACGGGACUAACCCACGCAGUACAAAGAAUUUAUACCCAUCACGGAAUUCGUGGCUUUUGGCGUGGUGUCAGUGCUGGGGUACCAAGGAAUGCCAUUGGAACUUCAACACAGCUGUCUACCUUCGACAUUACAAAAGACUUUAUCAAAAGUGGGCACUUAUUUAGACCAGAUAGUUGGUUGAUCCCUGCAUUGGCGAGCUUUAUCAGCAGCAUUGCCCUGGUCGUUACCAUGACUCCCUUGGAUGUCGUCAGCACGCGACUAUUUAAUCAAAGCGUCAGCCAAUCAGGGCAAGGGAUUUUAUACAAUGGAAUUUUGGACUGUUUUAGGAAGAUAUUUUAUAGAGAAGGAUUUUCUGGAUUCUAUAAGGGUUUUGGACCUCAAUACUUCAGGAGCGGCCCUCAGACUAUACUCUCCUUGCUAUUUUGGGAGAAAUUACGAAAACUUCAUUUCGAUUAUUAUACAGUGGAUCGUAAUCAGUACAACACUGAAUCAUGAACAAUGGCUUAAUUAAGUAUCCGUUAGUAAUAUGAUUAUACCACUAAAUAUUUAACAGUAUUUAAUAGCCCACUCCCGGCAAGGGCGGAUCCAGCCAAAAUUUGG